AUGGAUGGGAAGAAAUGCAGUGUGUGGAUGUUUUUACCUCUUGUGUUUACCCUGUUUACAUCAGCUGGAUUAUGGAUAGUGUACUUUAUAGCAGUGGAAGAUAACAAAAUUCUGCCACUAAAUGUACCAAAUAGGAAACCUGCUUCCAAAAGACCACCUUAUAUAAGUAUUGCAGGUGAUGCACCUCCUGCAAGUUGUGUGUUUAGCCAAGUCAUGAACAUGGCCGCAUUUCUAGCACUUGUCGUGGCUGUCCUGCGUUUCAUUCAGCUGAAGCCAAAGGUGCUAAACCCUUGGCUGAAUGUCAGCGGCCUGGUAGCAUUGUGCUUGGCCUCUUUUGGGAUGACCCUGCUCGGCAACUUUCAGCUUUCCAAUGAUGAGGAGAUCCACAAUGUGGGCACCUCACUCACCUUUGGCUUUGGGACCUUGGCGUGCUGGAUCCAGUCUGCCCUCACCCUCAAGAUCAACCUGAAGAAUGAGGGACGGAAAGUUGGGAUUCCACGAGUCGCCCUGUCAGCCAGCAUCACCCUCUGCGUGGUGCUCUAUUUCAUCCUCAUGGUGCAGGGCAUUCACAUGCAUGCUUCCAGGAUCCAGUGGGGCCUGGUCAUGUGCUUCCUGUGCUACUUUGGCACCUUUGCAGUGGAGUUCAGGCACUACAGGUUUGAGAUCACUUGCUCUGAGUACCAAGAAAACUUUGUGAGCUUUUCCGAAAGCUUAUCAGAAGCCUCAGAGUACCAGACAGAUCAGGUGUAA